UUCGUCAUUCCACGUUUCAUGUGUUUGGUAGUGAAUUGCGAAGGAGCAUAACGUAGCAUAGAGUAACGUAACGUAACGUACCCGCUUGGCUUGAACGGGCCAAUCGAUCGAGAACGUCGAGGUUAAAAGUUACCACGCGAGCGAUUCUCCCUGCAGUGAAUCGUCGGCUGUUUUCGCGACGUGAGCAAACGGUAGAUCAUUGUCGCGCCACGCAUCGUCGUUAUACGUAGGUGAAACGUUUGAAAACGAAACGUCGGUGAUUUCGUGUUACGUGAGUUGCCGUUCUUUACGUAGUGUCCAACAAUUAUUUUUUUUAUUCGAAAAAGAAGAGAGAGUUGCGUUGCGGAAGGCACAAGAAGUCAGUGUGUUAGGAAGUGUUCGUGCUGCAGAGCGACAUUGCAGAAAUUCUAUGCUGCAAGAUGAUGGAGACACAGAACUUUUGGGAGGACAAUUCUGCACAUUCUAUGCAAGUUAAAUACGAGAGUCUGGAUGGUCGAUCGUGCAAGGACGAGAUCUACAGAAUGGGUAUCGGUGCUGGAUAUUGCGAGGGUAACUUGAACUUUGCAACGGCUAGCGAGGACGAUGAAGUUUACACCAAGAAGAAAGUCUCCAGGCAAGAUCCAAUGUCGCACAGGAUCAUUGAGAAGCGCAGAAGAGAUCGAAUGAAUAAUUGCUUGGCUGAUCUCAGUCGAUUGAUACCGGCAGAAUAUUUGAAGAAGGGCCGUGGCCGAGUGGAGAAGACGGAAAUUAUUGAAAUGGCGAUUCGUCACAUGAAGCAUCUUCAGGGUCUGCGACAAGACACCAGGCAUCCUGUGGUCAAUCCGGUACACACUCACACAGAAGACAGUGUUGACAGCGUUUCUCAUUCGGCGACGACAUCCACCGCGGCCGAGCACUAUAGACUCGGUUUUCAAGAAUGUCUCAGCGAGACGAUGCAUUUCCUCGUGGAAGUCGAAGGCUUCUUCGCGAGGGACUCGCUUUGCGUGCAGUUGAUAAGCCAUUUGCAACAGCACUGCGAUAAAAUUCUAGCAACAAGUGACAGACUCGGUUUUCCACAUCCUGAAAUGCCCGUGUCCAAUGGUUCGGCGAACUCGAAUUUUACUCACUCGACCAUUCCGCUGAUAUGUCCCCCAAACAGUCAUUCGGAUCAUGGCUCCAGCUCAGGUGUGAGCUCUUUAGGCGACCCAGAACGUCCGCGGCCCAUCAUUCCUCCACCGACCAUCGUCAGCGACGACAGCAAUCACAGUACUCAUUCUCACAGCACGCCACCUGUAUCAAGGCCGCCAAAUUACAAGUUCAAGAGUUCCAUCAAGCAAAGAUUUUCGGCCGAACGAGUCAAGUCUAGUCCACCGUCAACUGCGGAGAAGCCUCAUGGUGUUCCGAUAUUCGCACUUCACGACGGCGGCGCCUUCUAUAUUCCGUUGACGGUCGAGUCCUCCCUUCUUAGGCCGCAUCUGACGUUCCUCCCAGACACGGGUCCUGACAUGGUUCUCCAUCCUGUCACGAUAUCGGUCAACUUCAAUCACUCGUCACCCCCUGCGUGGUCGCAUCACAGUCCCACGCACCAACAGAGUUAAGGCAGGCAACAUUCUUCGAGCGUCAUCUGCAAUGCGUACAUCUUCACCCUUCACCCUCCCAGCCGUAUUCCUUUUUUUUCCAACGGUACGAGAAACGAGGUCUGGCUAUCAUAUACAAUCUCGUCGGAGCAUGCUGAUCUUAUCAUCGUAUUUCAUAUCUAGAUUUCCCUUCAUUUCCUUUUUACCUUUUCCUCUUCCGUGUUCCUUCUUCGACGACAGAAGCAAUGAUCCGCUCGAACCGCACAAAAGAUACAAUCUAUCACGUACAUCGCGUCGAAGACGCUUGUGUCCCCCUUUUUUCCCUGAUUUUUUGUGUUUAUAAUUUUAACAAGGCUGUGGAUUAUUUUGGCAUUUAUAAGGUUGCGAUGAAGAGAGGAUACAGAAAAGAAACUGGAAGUCAGACGUCAAACGCCAGGCGCUAAAGAAAACGACUUUAAUCACUAUUUUAAAAAAUUCUUUCAACGUAUCACGCACUUCAACCCGACCUUAUGUUAGUAAAAUAAUAUAUUUCUUUUUUAUACGGUACCACCAGCCAUCCCUCGGUGUCUCUAAGCUCACUAUUAUGACGAACCAAAAAAGGUGCUGAAACUUGGUUGGUGAGUGGCUUAACCAUUGUGCGAACAUUUACCAAUCAGUAUUAACUUUGGACUAUUCACGUAAUGUCGUCAAGCGUCAUGUUUACUUACAUUUCACAAGUAACUUAAUCAACGGAGCUAUCUUUUAUAACAAUCUAGCAAUUUUAUUUUCUUGUUUUCACGGAUUCGUAUCUUGGCGUUUUCAGAGCGCGUUGCUUUGAGAAUUUUUCGGUCGAGGAAUAAGUCAAUCAAGGUACGCAAUUUUAAAAAGGGAGAUAGAACAAACGUUGUUCUAUAUUUCUUUCAUUUUCAUUGAGAUUCGUGACUCUUGAGGAGGAUAUGUGAAAUUAAUCAAAUCUCGUUUGAUCACCGCGUCUGUACAUCAUUCAAUCGCAAAACACACAUUCAGACAUAACAGAGAAACAGAGACAGCAAGUUUUCAUUAUUAUAUUAUUGACACCAACGACUUUGUAUAGUGAGGAUGAGUUAGUUUAAACUGCCUGUAUCAUUUAUGAAUUCCAUAAUUGUGAUCGUGUAUGCAUGUAUUAAUAAGUAAAAGUGUUCCGCAAAUAAUCUGACGAACGAGUAAUGUUCGUGUUAAUAACGGAUGAUGGUCUGCUCGACGCCCAACGAUACAAAAGAAUGGGCCUCAGCAACGAAAGACUGACCGAGACCUGCAUUACACUAAAAUUCUUAUAAGAUCGUUGCAUUAAAUAUAUUUGUACAUACCAUGUUUAGUUGUAACGUUGAUGAAAAUUUCAUUCGAAUAAAUUAUAUUUACCAUAAA